UUCGAUCCUAGCAUUACGGUUCUAGGCACCUCAUACCUGAUGAGGAUCCUCCCAGACACCUUUCUAUCACAGGAAAGUCACGAGGACUGUUUGCCUCUCGGGUGUGUUGGAGGUAGCUGCGGUGAGAGCGAAGAGGUUAGGACUUGGCCGCGGGGAUGCUGAGUGGCUCUCGGAGCAGCCGGAAGGCUUGGGAACGCGGUAGACCUUGAGAGGACCUGGGGUUGGCUUGGGUUUGCUGUUGAGCAUCCCGCCUUGGUCCUUGGGAUCCCCGCUACUGUGGAGAGGGAAGUGCAAUGCCCUUACUAUGGCUGUGAGUGCAGGAUGCGUCUGUGUUAGUGUGGGCGGAGGAAGCAGUUAUUUGUAAGGGAGAGGGCAUUUCCACGAAGAUUAACUCGAAAAUAAAGUAAUUUAAGAGACCCUGAAAAAAAGUCAGGAUAAAAGAGGGGAUGUUUGUAAAGAGGGCUUUACGACAAGGAAAGGGAGAAUGCCUGGAAGGGACAGCAGCUACCACCGAGAGGCUGCCGGGAAGGUCAGCUCACUGGCAGACGCUCCCAGCCUUCCACCGCGAGUGACCUUAAAAGGAACUUGAGGACAGGUGAAGAGGUUGUGGCAGGCCAAAGACUCCAGUUUUGAGUUGCCCCUGCCCACUUGAGUGAUUUUCCAGCAAGGUGAGAUGUCGGCACGAUGCCUCUCUGCUUACAAAUGGCUCCUAAUAUUGUGUUCAAAAUGAGCUGACGCUCUGCCCAGCUGCGUGGAAGAGAAGAGUUUCAAGAGGGCCCAUGAUAUUGCUGGUGACACCAGCUCUGGUGUUUGCCGUGACUGUUGCCACAAUCGGCUCUUUCCAGUUUGGCUACAACACCGGAGUCAUCAAUGCACCUGAGACAAUCCUGAAGGACUUCCUUAACUACACUUUGGAAGAGCGGUUAGAAGACCUCCCGAGCGAGGGGCUGCUGACCACCCUCUGGUCCCUGUGUGUGGCCAUUUUCUCUGUUGGUGGCAUGAUUGGCUCUCUUUCUGUUGGACUCUUUGUCAACCGCUUUGGCAGACGCAACUCUAUGCUUAUAGUCAACUUGCUGGCCGUCAUCGCGGGCUGCCUUAUGGGAUUUGCCAAGAUAGCAGAGUCUGUUGAAAUGCUGAUCCUGGGCCGCCUAAUUAUUGGCAUCUUCUGUGGACUGUGCACGGGCUUUGUGCCUAUGUACAUUGGAGAGGUGUCUCCCACUGCCCUUCGGGGUGCAUUUGGCACGCUAAACCAGCUGGGCAUCGUUAUUGGGAUUCUGGUGGCUCAGAUCUUUGGUUUGGACUUUAUCCUGGGCUCUGAAGACCUGUGGCCUGGGCUCCUGGGCUUAACCAUCAUCCCCGCUAUCCUUCAAAGCACGGCCCUGCUAUUUUGCCCCGAGAGUCCGAGAUUCUUGCUCAUUAACAGGAAGGAGGAAGAGCAAGCUACGGAGAUCCUCCAGCGGUUGUGGGGCACCCAGGAUGUGAUCCAGGAGAUCCAGGAGAUGAAGGAUGAGAGUGUCAAGAUGUCACAGGAGAAGCCGGUCACAGUGCUGGAGCUCUUCAAGUCACCCAACUACUUACAACCCCUCAUCAUAUCCGUGGUCCUUCAGCUGUCUCAGCAGUUCUCUGGGAUCAACGCUGUAUUCUAUUACUCUACAGGAAUCUUCACCGACGCGGGUGUCCAGGAGCCGAUCUAUGCCACGAUUGGAGCGGGUGUGGUUAAUACUAUCUUCACUGUAGUUUCUCUGUUCCUGGUGGAGAGGGCAGGCAGGAGGACCCUGCACAUGGUCGGCCUAGGAGGCAUGGGCGUCUGUUGCAUUUUCAUGACGAUUUCCUUGUUACUAAAGGAUGAAUAUGAAGCCAUGAGUUUUGUCUGUAUUGUGUCUAUCUUGGUCUACGUAGCCUUCUUUGAGAUUGGACCUGGCCCCAUUCCCUGGUUUAUUGUGGCUGAACUCUUCAGCCAGGGCCCCCGCCCAACCGCCGUUGCAGUGGCUUGCUGUUGCAACUGGGCCUCCAACUUCUUGGUUGGAAUGUUCUUCCCCUCAGCUGCAGCCUACUUGGGAGCCUAUGUUUUUAUCAUCUUUGCUGCCUUCCUCGUUUUCUUCCUAAUCUUCACCUUCUUCAAAGUCCCGGAGACCAAAGGCAGGACUUUCGAGGAAAUUGCCCGGGCCUUCGAGGGGCAGGCGCAGUCUGGGAAAAGCUCCGCUGGUGUGGAGCUAAACAGCAUGCAACCUGUCAAGGAGACCCCUGGCGACGCCUGAGCCGGACCUCCCCCUUCACCUCCCUCCGCUGAGGAAAGCAACCUCCCCAGAAGCGGGGAGACCUCAUUAGGAUGAACCAGGACUGCUUCUGAGCGCUGCUAUUCUCACCCACACACUCCAUGAAAACUCAGCUGCACCCAGUGCUGGGGUCGGUCGGAUCACCAAUGGCUUUUCAGUGUUUGAUUUGGGGGAUGCUUCUCUUGUAAUCAGGAAAGACCAAGUAAGCCUACGUUUAUAUCGGGAGGGAAGAGGCUGCUCUUAGGUCCUCUUAGGUCCUAAAACCCACUCACUAGGGAGCAGGAGUGGGGUGCAGCACCCCACACACACCUUAGCUUGCCAGGAAACAGAUCUUCUUACCCAGUGAGGAGGGCCCUGGGGAUUGAACAAGAGAGCCCUCCUCGCUUGAUACAGCUCUGCACAGCAAAGUAACUUGAGUUUUAUUUAUUUUAUCUUCAGGUUGAAUUGCAUAAAUAUUUAUUUUUUUAAGUGUAAUUUUACCAAAUAAUGAGACAGUAACAAAAUUGAGGUUGGAGGGAGGUGUUUAAAGAGAGGUUCUGGAGGAAAGAAAGUUUGGUGCUGGAGAGAGAGAGAGAGAGGGUACAGCAGGGAGGGUGAAUGUUACUAGUGGCUUGUGAGUCACCUCCUUGUUAUUUCUCAGAAGAGCGAGUGCCUGUACUACAAGGCUCAUGGCUUUCUGUGGGCCUUUUCUUUUAAGAUUAUAGUUUUUCAUGUAGUGUUACUAAAAUCUAGACUUGUUACUAAAGUGGGCUUUGUAGUGGUAUUGAUGGAUUUUAUGUUACACGGAGUCCAGAAAAGGGAGGGCUCACUGUAAGCCUCUCCUUUCCCUGGACCAGACACCCUCUCUGUCCUGUGAGCUCGCAGGUCACUCCCAUUUCCAAACCGUUGAGCGAGCCAGACAGUUGAGAGACACAAAGACAGUAGUUCUUGAGAGGCCUUUUUUUUUUUCAACUUGUUUUUUUUUUUUUUUUUUUAAGAGAUUUUACAUGUUGGGUUUGUUUUAUUUUGGUUUAAAGGGAUUCAUAGCUAACUUGGAUUUUGUUACCUCAGGUCUGGGAGAGGAUUUUUUGCCGAAUGACUAUUAAUUACCGGAGUACAUUGUUGCUUUGGAGUCGUGGCGGCAUGCUAGCCUAUGUCUGUUACAGGAAACAAGGGCUGCCCUUGUCUCCACAUUCCUGUGCUGUUGUGCUACAUUGCCCAGGGGGCCUUGACUCUGUUGCACACAUUAAAGACAAUGGGAGUGAAGGUGCAGCGUGGUCCACGCAUGAGGACAUGAAUGUCUGUGCGCUGUCACUUUGCUCUGGGUGUGAAGUCCCCGGCUCCCUGGCUCCUGUAGCUUUCUUUUUUUUUGAUCAACUGUUACAACUCAACCCUGUGUACAGAAGCAGCACUGCCUCUGCUGGAUGAAGUUUUCUCCCAGGAUUAGAUGCCACUCAUUGGGGUUCCCUGUCCCUGUCGGAGAUGGGUGCUUCCUUGAGGUCUGAGGAUGGAAGGCUCGACCUCACUCCAGCUAGGAAGCACAAGGGAAAGGUGUGAGGUCAGGGCUGUGUCUCCUGAAGAAACAUGGCAUGUUGGUAUAUUGAGAGCAUAGGCAAGAUCUCCUCCUGCCAUAGGUCACAGACCCUUCCCAACCAUCCCUUCCUCCACUUCCAUAGAUGGAGACAACCCUGACGGCCCUCACCCGUUUUCCAUAGGUCACUGGAUCCCACUGUCUUCCUUGGUGCUUACACGUUUCAGACCCUUUAGGCAAACCCUUGCAUAGAGCGGUAUCUCACUCACCACUUCCUGUGGCCAUUGAGAGUUUAGAUUUAAAAACUCACAUUGUAUGGAAAGGGGCUUUGCUGGGAAAGGGGACUCCUAACUUAAUCUUCUUCAGCUCCUCUGUGAGUUGGCAGUGAUGCUGGGUGGAGUUUUUACAUUUGCCAAUGGCCAUCUUGUGAAUAUCUUCAUAUAUACUUUCUAUUAAUGUUACUGUAGUUUGUGUUUUGAAAUAAAACUUCUGAAUGUA